GCCCAACGAAACCACCUCAUUGCUCAGGGCCUCGCCCCGGAACAGGCCAAGGCUUCAAGCAACCAAGUCCACCAACUCGAUUACCAGACCGCUUAUAUCGGUCCCGUCAAAUCAUUCAUUAACCAAUUUAAACUUGAAUGAUUAUGAUUCAAGUGAUAAUCAACUGAUCAUAUCCAACUUAGACUACAUGAAGGUGAAUGACGAAUCCAAAUUCAACCUAGUGGCUUAUAUCUCCUAUUACUGUCCUAUAAUAAGAUGGUUACCUUCUUAUUCCAUGAAAAACAAUUUGUUGGGAGAUUUUUUAGCAGGGGUUUCAAUGGCUAGUUUCCAGAUUCCUUAUAUAAUGUCAAUCACUCAAUCGUUGGCUCAUUUGCCCCCAUUACUUGGUCUCUACAGUGUUAUAGCCGGAGCGUUUGUUUAUUCAAUCAUGGGUAGUGUCCCGGUGCUUGUUGUAGGUCCGGCUCCUUCAACUGCUUUAAUCUAUGGUAAUGCCAUUGAAACAAUUCAAAAUUUAGAUGAUAAGGAAAUCGCCGCAUCCAUGUCCUUUUGCAUUGGGGGGAUUCUAUUGGGUUCAGGCAUUUGUAGAUUGGGGUUUCUUAAUAACUUAUUAUCAAGAGCAUUAUUAAAAGGGUUCAUUGGUGCUAUGGGGCUAAUCAUGAUCAUUAACGAAUUAUCAAUAGAAUUGGGAUUACAUGAAUUAUCAAAACAUUUCCCCCAUAAAACUACUUGGGAUAAAAUUGUUUUCCUCGGGAGUCAUUUAGAUAAAAUUCAUUGGCCAACCUUGAUUAUAUCUUCAAUUACUCUUUCAAUCGUUUUAGUAGUAAAAUCAUUAAAGGCAAGAUUAAUCAAACGAUACCAGUCAGUGGUUUACUUCCCGGAAUUAUUACUAAUGGUGGUGGUCGGUACCUUUUUAAGUUAUACUCUUGAUUGGGAAAAGGACGGUAUUGAUAUCGUGGGUGAUAUCACAUCUUCAGUCAAUGAAAAAACUUUUUUAAAUAACCCUUUCAAAUGGAGUAAAAUUAAUCUUUAUAAAGAAGUCUUUGCCACCUCGUUUAUUUGCUCAAUCUUGGGCUACUUUGAUUCUUCUACCGCUUCGAAAGCUUUGGAAAUUAAAUAUAAUUAUAACAUCUCGUCAAAUCGAGAAUUGGUCGCCCUAGGAUUAACCAAUCUUUCAGUAUGUUUUUUCGGUGGAUUACCUUGUUUUGGGGCUCUAGGUAGAUCGAAAAUUAACUUAUUGGCAGGAGCUUCUUCUCCAAUGUCAGUAAUCAUUAUGGCCAUCACCGUUGGGAUCGGGAUCCUAUACCUAUUACCCUUCUUGUACUACUUGCCAGAAUGUAUCUUGGCCUUGAGUACCACCAUCAUCGGAAUAACCGUCUUGGAAGAAGUUCCUCAUGAUUUGAGAUUUUAUUGGCAAAUCGCUGGUUACGAUGAAAUAUUCACCUUCUCAUUGAUUUUCUUAACUUCAGUUUUUUGGAGCGCCCAAGCUGGUGUCACCUUGGGAAUCAUCUUGGCAAUUAUCAAAGUUAUUAGGUAUAGCACCCAUUCAAAUAUCCAAAUCUUGGGUAGAAUCCCAAACACCUCCAUUUUCCGUAACGCGGAUGAAUUAAUCGAAGAAAGCUUUGUUUCCUAUAAUCGAUCUCAAGACUCUUUACAUUUCGAAAACUUAAUUCAUUCCAUUGAACAAAUUGAAGGUAUUUUAAUCAUCAAAAUACCCGAAUCAUUAAAUUUUGCUAACGUGGGUGAUUUGAAAAACAGAUUGAACAGAAUCGAAAAAUAUGGUACCUUAUUAAUCCAUCCUUCUCAACCUUCCAUCAGAGAUUUCAAUUCAAAUAUAAAAUUCAUCAUCUUUGAUUGUAAAGGGAUGAACGAUAUAGACACUUCAGCUACCCAAUUAUUCAAAGAAAUUUUAUCAAAAUACUGUGAAGACAAUAUCCAUAUCUUCUUCACUAGAGUCAGCAACAAUAAAAAAUUAAGAACUAAAUUUACAAAAUCUGGUAUUAAAUCUUUAGUCAAUGAAAAUUUUAGUAAGGACUUUCCUUCUUUUAGAAAUACUCAUCCAACAAAUAUGGGUGAUGGCUUCUACUUAAGUAUCGAAGACGCAUUGAAAUCAGUCGAUUUACAAAACGUCUAA